UUCGACACUUCCAAUGCUCCAACUACUCUAAACAACUUCACAUUAAAACACAACAACAUUGUUUCCAUCGACACACACUUCCAAGGUUUUUCGUUUAUCCCACUCCUCCAUUUUCUACCCCUCAAUCUCAUCUCAUACAUAACAUUUCAAACUCUCUCAUUUCUCUCUCCACAUUGAUCCCUUCAUUGCCAAAAGAUUUAGGUUCAGAUUAGGAUAAUUCGAAAUGGCGACAACAACAUCGAUUUCUAGUAUUUCGGUUGGAGUGUCAAGACCUAGGAUUACCUCAUCGCAGAAGUUAGGUUCUGUGAUUCUUGGAGGCAGGGUUAAGGUUGGCUCAUGUGAUAAACUAGGAAGUGUUUGUCAUGUUGCAUCUGUGAAACCCUUCCAGCAGGUUUUACCGUCAAGUAAUGUAAAAUUCGACAAAUUUGUAACGAAGGCAAUGUCUGAGUCCAGCUCAAACAAUCAAGUUGCAGGAUUGCCAAUUGAUUUGAGAGGCAAAAGGGCAUUUAUUGCUGGUGUGGCUGAUGACAAUGGAUAUGGCUGGGCAAUAGCAAAAUCUCUUGCUCAAGCAGGAGCUGAAAUUCUCGUUGGCACAUGGGUACCUGCUCUAAAUAUAUUCGAGUCCAGUCUACGGCGUGGAAAAUUUGACGAAUCACGCAAGUUACAAGAUGGAUCAUUGUUCGAGAUUACUAAAGUGUAUCCCUUGGAUGCGGUCUAUGAUACUCCCGAAGAUGUUCCGGAAGAUGUAAAAGCUAAUAAGCGCUAUGCUGGAGCCAAAAAUUGGACUGUCCAGGAAGUUGUUGAAUCUGUUAAGAACGAUUUCGGCACCAUAGACAUACUUGUGCACUCACUUGCUAAUGGACCAGAGGUCAGCAAACUAUUGUCUGAGACAUCUCGGAAAGGAUAUCUAGCUGCAUUGUCUGCGUCGAGUUACUCUUAUAUUUCAUUACUAAAGCACUUUCUUCCAAUCAUUAAUCCAGGUGGAGCUUCAUUAUCUCUAACCUAUAUUGCUUCUGAGAGGAUUAUUCCCGGGUAUGGCGGGGGUAUGAGUUCUGCUAAAGCUGCUUUGGAAAGUGAUACAAGAGUGCUUGCUUUUGAAGCCGGUAGAAAGAAAAGAAUCAGAGUCAAUACUAUAUCUGCAGGUCCACUGGGAAGCCGUGCUGCGAAAGCAAUCGGUUUCAUUGACACGAUGAUUGAUUAUUCGUUUACCAAUGCACCCAUUCAGAAAGAACUAAAUGCAGAGGAGGUAGGCAACACUGCUGCUUUCUUGGCAUCACCCUUAGCAUCAGCUAUCACAGGCGCUGUUAUAUAUGUCGAUAACGGACUAAACGCCAUGGGAGUUGGAGUCGACAGUCCAGUAUUUAAAGACCUCGCCAUUCCAAAGCAAGAACAUUGAAAUUGAGCUGAUUAGUUUUCUUUGUUUGAAAUCGUAAUCCUUCUACUUGACUAAGACGAUGCGGCCUAUGAUGAUGAAAAAACCUAUAAGAGUUAGUUUUACAGUUUGAUAAAUUAGUAAGUGGUUGUUUGAACUGCAUAAUCAUUGUGAUCCUCUUUGCAGUGUCCUCUGCAAAAUGUAUUGAAUAAUUUGGAGAGUCCUAACAUUUGAAUGGGCAUGCUAGUGGCCCUGCCGCCAUCUAUGGACUAGUUUGGUUAAAAUUUAAGAUUUUUGUAACAUUUUUCAAGGAUCAUAUGUUGGUUUGUC